AUGGCUCGCCGUCCGGGUGAAUUUGAUGAUGGCUAUGCUUUUGUUUCGAGCGAUACAGAGCUCUCGCCUGCCGACACAUACUCUGCCAACCCGCAAACUCCAUAUGAGCAGCGCCCCUCUGUUCAACCACCCGUCCCAACAUCGACACACCUUCCCGAUAUCACCACAUACUGGGCAGACACAGGUCUCUCCACCCACCAGUCCCUUCCACAUGGCGCUCCGCAACGUGGCAAUGAGCUGGCGAGCCCCGAGUCUCCUAUCGAUCCUGCGGCUCUCCAAUUUGCUCUUCCGCCAAACAUAUUUCAAACUGGCCCAAUCUCAGUUGAUCGAGACUUUGAGCCUCCUUCUGCUGACGCGUUUGCCGCAAUCUCUACUUCUUACUACGACGAUCACAGCCACUUUGACCCCAGUAGCGACUCCGACCGUGUUCCUUUGACAGCAAGUGCAGAACCAAUAUCUGGGUCCUCUGGCGUACCACCAGAUGGCAUCCAGUCGCACAACAGUUUCCAGACUGUUGCCGGUUCAGAUGGUGGCCAAGAAGAAACCCGUGAUUCGAGGAUGCUCGGAAACCCACUUCGGCGUCUUUGCCAGCGCCUAGUUGGUCCGGGUAGAGGCUCCGAGCGGUUUGACGGAGUGGAACCGAACAAGUACGCCUGGUACACUUUCUCGGCUUUCAUUUACGCGUCGAUCGUUGCCAUGGUCAUCAUUGCGUGUGUCACUACUCCUUUGUACCAAAAGCAGUAUUUCGAUGGUGGCCAUACGUUCAGCUUCAAAAACUGGUUUGUCUGGACCGACAUGGCUUUUGCCAUAGUGUUCACUGUCGAGGCAGUCAUAUCGCCGUCGAAGAGCUCCUACGAUGAUUCCAAAAACAAACUCAAGAAGUGGUGCCAUAAACGUGCUAUUGAAAAACACGGAAAAUGGUAUGUGGGCAUCACCAUGGUGCUGGUGCUGCACCUCAUCCUCCUCAUUUUAGAAUACUCGUCAGAGCCGGACUGGUGGACCAACACGCGUGACUACGUCUUCCUCGUCUUCACUCUCGUCUACAUGGCAAACAUAUCCAUCCGCAUUGUCGGCCUCGGAUGGAGCCGCUUUCGAAGAAGUUCUUGGGAUGUGUUCUCCAUGUGUGCCGUGGCCGGGGCUUUUGCGACAUCCAUUCUGUUCCUUGCCGAACCUGGCCAGGACACGUUCAUACAAUUGCACAAGUUCUUUCUUACUGCAGCGGCCAGUGUGACGACGAUUGGCAGUCUUCUGGCCACUUGUCUGACCCGGUUCAGCUCGCAAGAAACAAAUAACAUCAAUCUGCGAACUGUUCCGAAUGCGUUGAUUCUAUUAUUCCGAAUGAGCUGUGGUGAAGGAUGGAACCAGAUCAUGGAAGAUUUCGCGGGUGUCGAGCCACCGCUGUGUGUCGAGGCACCGACCUUUUUUGGCAGCGACUGUGGCAGCACAGCCUGGGCAAGGGUCCUGUUCAUUGCAUGGAACAUCAUCAGCAUGUACAUCUUUGUCAAUUUGUUCGUGUCGCUUAUCUACGAAAGUUUCUCGUAUGUUUACCAGCGGUCCAGUGGACUCGCUGAUAUCAGCAGAGACGAGAUACGGCGUUUCAAAGAAGCUUGGCGCAGCGUGGACCCGAACGGCACGGGGUUUAUCUCCCGCGAAGCAUUUCCUCGCCUCCUCGGAGAGCUGUCUGGCGUGUUCGAAAUGCGUAUUUACAAUCACGAGGACUCAGUGCGAAGCAUUCUCGAGUUUGCACGGAACGAUGACACGACGCCUCAGGCGCGACAUGCUUCGUUGGCAUCCCAGACUGCACUCACGGGUGUUAACCUGCAAAAGCUCAACGACCGUAUCAACCAAAUCGACCUAAACCGUGUUCGCGAGCGGCGGCGGCGGUUUAACAUAUUUUACGAAGAAGUCAUGGUGUCUGCCGAUCCAGACAAGGGCAUUUUCUUUACGACGGUGCUGAUGAUCCUGGCUCACUACAACAUCAUCAGCGACAGUAAGAGCUUGAGGCUUGAAGAAUUCUUGCGCCGGCGUGCGAGGCUCCAGCGGGUUGAGGAGGAAGCACGACGUAGGGUUGUCUUGGGAUUUUUCAACACGCUCUAUUGGUCGAGAAAAUUCAGACGGCACAUGGAACAAAAGCGGUCAGCACGCAUGACCGGCGUGCCCCAGCUUGGUAUACCCGACAUCCUUGUUGACGACGAAGACGACCGGACGUCCGGUGUGGGGGCCGGACACAGCACCGGCGCGGCAUCGUUGCAAACAGCAGCGACGUUUCUCAGUGCCGAUCACGCAGCCGGGCCAGCACAGCACCAUAGGUCCUGGUCGGGUGCAAGCAUAGAUAUCAGCCUUCACGACACAAACUAUGCACAUCCCUUGAGUGCUCCACGUACUGGUGGACUCUCUUCACCAACGAGUCCUGGAGGACUGCAACCACAAAGGCAUCACUACAACCCCAGUGCAUUCAGCUUUGAGCUGCAGGAGCCUAGUGCCCAGUUUGAAGCCGAUGGUAGCAGGCGUGGGAGCGCUGUGAGUGCCAUGAGUGGUGCGAGCGGUAUGAGCGGUGUGAGCGGAGUGAGCCCUGGCCUUGUGAGGGAAAUGCUCGAUGACUCGGUGUGGGUCGAAUCGAUCCGGAGAAGUGCUACACAACGCCGAAGCGGCUGGGGUACUUAA